AUACGUCCAACUGAGGAGUAAACCCGGUCGUUCCUCCGAACCAGGAAGUGACGGAGAUUUUAGACCCACAACUUCACUUUGUUAAAUGUUUCUGGACAAAUUAAACAGUACAGCCAUAUAUAUCAGUUAGAUGUAAUCCCUCACUGGUUGUCACGACCUCCACACGGUGAUCGGCUGUGUAUUGAUGACAGUGACCGUUACAGGUGAUGAAGAGGACCAGACUUCCAGGAUUCCAGGUCAUUUGGAGAAAGUUACAUGUGAUAUGUUCACCGUCUACUCGGCCAAUAUAACCAAAAGUGUAUUCAAUAUGUAAAGCAAUCGGCAUCAAAUGAACAAAACUUCCCAAGAUAAAGGACUCUUUCUUUCAUUUUGUAUUUGAAGGCUACCAAUAUGUACAUAUAGAGUUACCACUGGAAAAUUGUCGCCGUUGAUUCAGUCUGGCUGAUGAAGAUGGGAUACCUAUCUGGAUUAUUUCAUCUAACGGUUGCUGCCACUUUGUGGCAUUGCGUUUUGGGAGAUGAUGCGCUGUUUCCUCCGACGAUAACAACGCCUUUGGCACUAGUUACUGAUGUUGUGUCGUCUUCAACUUGCCAAUCAGCAGGAUCCACAUAUAACUGUAACUACUGUGACACUCGUACCAAUUGGCCAGUCCAUGACGAUGUUUUAGAAAAUUUUGGUACUACAGAGUGUUCAAGCUCAGUAGGAGAAAAUCCACCGGUAUCUGUAAACAAUGGAGCUCUUUUAGUUGACAGGAACAACUCUGGUUGUCAAUAUACAAAAUCUAUUCCACCUGUCACAGACAAGGGGUAUACAUUAUCCUUCUGGAUAAGCUACAGCUGUGACGAUUGUCCGCUGUUUACUGUCACGUCUGGAAGCCAGGCUUUCGAUCUGAAGAUUCAACAGUCAGGAAACAGUAUUUUUCUGUUUUCAAUCGAUGGCUCCUCCAUCUCGGACAGCGUAGUAGUUGACAUGGACAAAUCAAAGUGGAAUCAUAUUGGGAUGAGAUUUUUUGGGACUUCGUAUUAUUUGUAUGUGAAUGGCCAAAGACAAAACGACCAUACCAGCGAUUGGUUUCCUACAUUCAGUGUGGCGGGAACCAUUAGCUUUGGCAAUUUUACUGGUAGUUUUACCACUUCAAGCUCCAACUUAAAGAUUUUAGAUCUCAGUUUCUACAGGGAAGCAUUGACAGAGAGGGAAAUUGAAAAUCUGUUCAACUCAUCUUCCUUUCCUGACCUGAGUACACCUCCCUGGGAUUGUCGCUGCCCCUUAACACACCCUAGAAUAUCUACUGAUCUACUGAUUUGUACAACCACAGACGUUUCCUCUAGAGACCCUGUACCACGACUCCUGGCAGAGGCACACCUGCCCAUAUUUGCCAUUGACAAUAAUCAAGCCAGUAGCUGGGUCACAGAGAAGACAGAGAAAGCAUGGAUAUUUCUUACGAUGGAUAGAAUAUACCAGGUUGAUGGAAUUAGGAUAGAAGUCAACAACACUCUCCCUUUGUAUGUCACCAUCCAGUUAGACUCAUCACUUGGUUCUGAAGAUCCUUCCAGCUCUUCACCAAGUGGGAAUAUCUUUGAGUUGUCAGCAGGGUCGGUAGAUGAGAUCCUAAUCCGUCCUGACUUGAUGGGGCGAUUAGGCAGUUCUAUCAAUAUCACCCUUUCUGGUCACGCUGAUUCAUCAGAUGUUUUCCAUGUUGUGGAGAUUCAAGUCAAUAGAAGAGUAAACUGCUUUGGGAACGCUGACAUGCUGAGUGGUGAUAACUGCUUCUGUGUACAAUCCACAAAAACAACUGGUCAGGAUUGUGGGACAUGUUCAGAGGGGUAUUACAGAGAACCAACAGAUUUUAGCUGUUCCCUCCGGUGUAAUUGUACAAGUGCUCCAGGAACAAAAACACCUGGAAAGUGUAACCAGGAUGGAGGAGCAUGUCUCUGUAAAGCCAAUGUGGAGGGUUACUACUGUGAUACCUGUAAACACCUUACCUCUAACUUCACCGCCUCCAAUCCCGACGGAUGCACGCCAUGUUCUUCCUGUGAUCAGACAGGAAGUAAACUCUGUGACGAUAAUGGAACGUGUUUCUGUAAAAGUAAUGUGGAUGGAUCACAGUGUGACAGAUGUUCACCCAACCAUUAUGGUCUACAGGACCCGGGAUUUGAUGGAUGCCAGCCCUGUGCUUGUAGUACAAAGGGUACUGAUUCCUCAAAGAAAAUGGAAUGUGAUGUGGUAUCAGGAAACUGUACAUGUAAAGAUUUUGUCUCAGGUAGGAAAUGUGACCAGUGUAAACCUGGAUACAAAAACCUAGAUUUUUCAAACACGAGAGGAUGUACUGACUGCCAGUGUAAUAAGGUUGGUUCCCAGAACAUCUCCUCAUGUAACUCCUCCUCGGGGCAGUGUUUAUGUCUGUACGAAGUCACCGGCAACCUGGAAUGUAACCCCAUGUUUGACUCUGAAACUUUAGAACCUGCAUUCGGUCCAAUUGCUGGUGGCACAGAUGUUACAAUCAAAGGAAACUUCUUCAAACACAGCAAUGAGAGCACAGAAGUUAAAGUCCUGAUCACGGGGGAAAACAAGUUCCUCCCUAUAAAAAGAAUGGAGGAGAAGAUGCUGGUGUUCGUCACCAACAACAUGAGUGAUAUUGGUCAGUUCAAGAUACUUGUACAAUGGCCAAGAUCUGUGGGAUUCAGUGAGAAGGACUUCUCACAAGAAUUCACCUUCACUUUCAAAGCCAACCCAGUUGUCACUGAACCAAUGGAUGCUACUGUAUUUAAAAGUGGCGGCUGUGAUGUGAAGAUCAAGGGAAGAAACUUUGGCAGUGUGAACGAAGCGAGGCUGAUAGCUCAUGUAGGAAACACGGAAGUUGUGGAUAGGCCCUGUAUCAAUAUAGGCGAAAGUCUGAUCAGCUGUCCGUCACCUAACCUCACCAGUUACACAGGUGUAAUGACAAUCAGCUAUGGACUACAACUGGAUGGCAUAACCAUGUACAGAAAUCUAAGCAAUUAUCCUGCCGCAAGAAUCACAGUCUUCGAGGACCCGACAGUUGAUACCAACGAUGAUUUGACAAUUGACAAUAUCUUCUCUGAGCAUCUCGUCAUCAAGGGUUCUAACUUUGACAAAGCCUGUCAAGGUAAUUUUGAGAUAAAACUUGGAAAUGAUGUCUGUCCAAUCGAGUCCAUGACCAGUAAUGAAGUGAAAUGUUCUCCAGUGAUUGUGUUUCCAGGAGAGACUAGGGAAGUAGAUCUCAAGGUUUUCAUUGGAAAUUUCCAAUCAACAGUGGGAGUUGUGAAGAUAAAGUCUUUCUGGGUCACUUGGCAGUUCAUCAUCAUUGCAGCAAGUAUCGGAGGAUGUAUACUUCUCAUCAUCGUCAUUGCCAUUGUUGUCAAGUGUUGUCGUCACUACAGAGCAAAUAAAUCAAAACACAUAAAGACUUCAAAUGAAGGUUUGGUAGACAACGUUGACUUGUUGUUGUAUACUGAGAAUAGAGAAUCAGACACCAGGUCCUCCACACAAGGAGUGAGCCAAUUUGACAGUUUAGGAUCACCAAUAUUAGCUGUGAAAACAUCCAAUCCACCACGUCGUAACAGCUAUACUGAUAUGGAUGGGGUGCCAUUGUCAGAUGUUGAAAGUGAGGAAAGCAUCGUAGAAAAAUUCCUUCACAAAUUAGAUUCUACAUUACGUGAUGAGGUGAAAUCCAGCCUGUCCAAACGCUCCAUCAUCAAGCUUGGACUCCGCUGUACACAGAAAGGGGCUGAGAUUCGCUUGAUCGACGGUCAGUUUCAAGAGGGCCCAUUUACUGGUCAAGAUGCUACAAUCAAAACUCCUGUUGCAGAAUUCAAAGACUUAGGUGAAGACAUUUUGCCACGCUGGAUAGGCACAGGUUUAGCAGAGACAUUACGUUUCCGAGAUUGCUUCCAGGAAAAUCUCCACCGGAGCUGUGGCAUCACCAUUGACCAGAGCCGUUUCUACGUCCUUUAUCCGGCCACAAACAGAAUCCUGAAGGAACAUUUACGAGACAGAAAGCAGGAAUUCACAUCCUUCAGUUUAAUCGAGAUAUGUCUGAAGAUUGCAGAAGCCAUGGACUACCUCUCCUCAAAUAACAUCGUCCACCGUGACAUAGCUACUCGUAACUGUGUAGUGUGCUCUGGUGACAUGGUGAAAAUUUCUGAUGCUGCAUUUUCUUGGAGCCUGUUCCCAGAUGAGUAUAUGUAUGAUUCUGACCGUGAACGAUGGCUUCCUGUGCGAUGGAUGGCCCAGGACAGUCUUCAGUCUGGUUUCUACAGUACUACUACAGAUGUGUGGUCAUAUGGCGUUUUAAUGUGGGAGGUGAUGUCACGAGGUGUUUUGCUGCCCUACUUUGAUAUUGAAAAUAAUGAGGAUAUCAAAGAUCAUGUGAUUAAUGGCUAUCGUCUGGGGAAACCGGAUACGGUACCAGAUGAAAUGUACACCCUUAUGAUGUCCUGUUGGGAUACCAAUCACAGCCAGCGCCCUGCUUUUGUACGCAUUAUUGAGCGUUUGAUAGACAUUCUGAAUCCACAAGAACCAUCACAUAGAAUGUAUCAGAACCAGGAGGAGCUUCCGGAGUACGGAAAUUUAACAAAUGAUCCACCGAAGCUUCCAUCACGGGCGAACAUGCCAGCAAACAAUGGCAAUGUCAACUUUGGCUUCAGAUAAUGAUAAAGAGGUGGUUGAGCCUUGACUGAGGUCAAGGUCAUGGAUGUGGUUGAGCCUUGACUGAGGUCAAGGUCAUGGCAUCAUCAGGGCAAGAUAAGGAUUUUUUCGUAGGUUCAUAGUUAUCACACAAUCAGUUUGUGAGCAUGUUCAAUCAAUGAUCACCUUAAUGACUAGAUGUUCGAUUUGACAAAUCAUUUUGUGCCAUAUCUACUUAAGAAGUAUUUAUGUUAGCAUUCAUUUAGUGUUUGUUCAGUUGUUUCCCCAUGAACAUUCCUGUAGUAGCUGGUGGCUACCUCAUUGAACAACAUACUAUCACAUGCCAUCCAGAUCUAAAGCAAUGAGGGUAAAGUGUCUUGCUUAAGGACACAACUACAACAGCAUUGACUGGUCCAUUUUACAGCUUCUGAGAAACGCGUCAAACCGUCACAGGUAGCGAGCAUCAAGCCAUGCACCUUUGACCUUCACCAGUGGUUAUAUAGGCUGGUGCUCUAGCUGACCGAGUUAUUACUGUCUCCUCUCUAUUCAAUGAAAGGAGAUAUGGACAUCUCAUCAAAACAGAUAUAUGUAGGAUAUGUGUGUCUGGUACUACAAAAUAUGGUCAAACAAAUUGUAUCUGGUUCAACAAACUAUUCAUUUUAUCUAGACAUGCACUAUAAAAUUUCUCCAAUGAAACAAGAUAUCCUCUUUUUAUUCUUCUGUCCAAGAAUAAAGGUUUUCCCUUAAUAGAAUAAAGACAAGCUUAAUGCUGUCUAUGGAUAAAUGAUUGUUAAAACUAGAUAAGACUAGAAAGGGAAAACUUUUCGCAAAGACAGAAAACUUUAAUCUAUUUUAUUUUUUAAAUAGAAUGAACUGAUUUGGAUCUCGAUGAUAAUCUUCGAGAUUAUCAAGAUAAAUACAGAAGUUGUACCCUUUCUAAACAAUGUCUGUCUAGAUGACCUGGAAUGUGAUUUUGUUCGGCACUGCUUAUAUCACAAUUUGUCUUUCAAAUAAAAAAAAAGAUAUUGUCACAUGUGAUGUGUACAUAAUUGAGUGAUCAAAUAUAUUUUUAUAUUUUUAUAUGAGAAAUGCAUGAUGCAUAAUAUCGAUACCAAACUUUUGUAUAAACAACAUGUUGUAUGUAGCCAGGGUAUGAUAAAGGUCUGCCAGUGUAUGCUUGUGUGUAUUUAAUUCCCUUUAUAUGUUAUAAACAUGUAUCUGGCAAGACACAUGGCGAGACUUAAACAUAUAAUGAUAUAUUACCUAGAGACACUAAAUCAUAUAUAUAUGUAUAUAUCAUGUUUUAUUUGGCAUAUUCAUGUCAGGGAUAAUUCUAUAAGCCCAAAGUCUCAUGCUCAAAUUUGGUGUCGAAGGUACUAAAAAAUUUUACUUUAAAAGUAUUAUGAUAUAAGAUUGGAUAAAUUUUUUUUCGCCUACCUGCCGGCUUGUACAGUUAUUAUAAAUCUGUACACGCCUACAACACAAAAAACUGUGUAAAGACCACGAGUACCACAAAGGAUUUUUGCAAUGAUGAUUCAAAUUUUUGUGGUUAUACAAACAUAAGAAACCAAAUUGUUUUGUUCUGGUUUGCAAAAUGAAGCAAAGCUUAAUUUACUCUACUGAAUAUUCUGUUUUGGAGAACCUAUUUUUUUGCAAUUGUAUCAUUAAUAUUAUCGAAAAUAUCCUAAAGAAGAAGCUAAUAAAUCGACAGGGUAUAUAAUAAUGACAUCCACAUCUAUGUCUCCCUAAACACGUGGUGGUGUUAUAAAAAUAAUCCCAAGGAAUUGUGAUAGUGUAAUCUCAUUUUUAUAUAUGCAUAUUAAUUUUAAUUAAUUUUCAUUUCUAAUUUAUGUGCUUUAAUUAAUAUGAUUAGUUCUCUCUCUCGAUAACAGGGGAAUGUUAAGUUUUUUGGUGCAAAUGUUGAAAGACAUCUCGGUAAACUCCUAUAUGUAAGUGUAUUAGGGUUCUAAUAUUUUGUUUCAGGGUUACUGUGUGUGUUUAUACUACCCAGGAAUUAUUUUCCGGAGUCAAACAUGUUUCAUAAUAUGUUCAAUGCUUACUAUAUUGCAAAACCUAAUUCAUGCUACAUGUAUGUCUGUUUUACCUUUAAAUAUUGUAGUAUUUUUUUGUUAAAAUAUUAGUAUGUUGCAAUAUAGAUUCCAGUUGGUGAACUCAACCACAAUGCUU